AUGGGCUCAGCACCUCAGUACAGCGUGCCGGAAGAGGCCCAGUCUAUCUUCCAGCAGGGAAUACUGGAUAACGACUUGGUCCCGGAUUUACCCUCCGAACUGCGUUCGCUUGCUAAGCUUGUGCGUUUCAAUGGGUCUUCAGAGCCGACUCUACCCAUCAAUUGGCGCUUCGCGGAAAGCAUAUCAGCACUGAAGGCAUUUGAAGCUUCAAUGCUGAUGAUCUUGAUCAGUCGUAAAUACAAGACGACUCCGACCGAAGUGACUAUCAAUACUGACCAUGCUACGCUUUUCAUCAUGUCCCCCCUUGUAGCAAAGGUCAUCAAGGAUGGAGAGCCGAGAAGGAUUGCGUUUGAUGUCAACGGAGAUGAAUUCUUGAAGAAGGCAUUCCCAUCAACAGAUAAGCAUCGACUAGGGGCUACGCCGCAUCGAAGCCUGACAACAAACAUUUACAAGACCAAAGAUGGUCGAUUUUAUCACGUCCACGGAAGUCUCAACCCCGAGCCGUCCCUUGAAGCGUUGGGUCUCCCAGCCGACGCUCCUGACACCGAGACUUACGAACAGACUCUGGCGAAUCUCCAAUCUGCAGUUUCCACCUUUGACUCUGCCGCCCUUGAUGAGCUUAUGAACGAGAAGUAUCGUCAGGCUGGCACCAUUUGCUAUUCGUCGGAAGAGUUCUUUGCCAGUGCACAUGGCAAAGCAAACGCCCACGUAGCUUUGUACGAACUUCCGCCGACAUCAGAGUCCUCCGGCGCUCACCCACCCUCCUGGUGGCCCGAAAACAGUAGCAUCCCAUCAUCGCCCAAGCGUCCCCUUGCAGGGCUCAAGAUCGUAGACUUGACUCGCAUCAUCGCAGGCCCAAGCAUCACACGUGGACUAGCUGAGAUGGGCGCGAGUGUCAUGCGUAUUACGAGCCCCCACGUUGCAGACUUUUCAGUGCUACACCCAGAUUUGAACUGGGGAAAGUGGAACGGAAGUCUGCACCUCACCAAUGAAGAAGAUAAAGAAAAGCUACGUGCGCUGAUUCGGGACGCGGACGUCGUUGUUGAUGGGUAUCGGCCAGGGGUUAUGGAGAAACAUGGGUUUGGUCGAGAUGCAAUUUUUGAGCUUGUGAAGGAACGUGACAGGGGAAUCAUCCAUGUGCGGGAGAACUGUUAUGGAUGGCAUGGCCCAUGGAGCCAUCGAAGUGGGUGGCAGCAGAUUAGCGAUGCGUGUACCGGCGUUUCGAUGUCUUACGCAAAGGCCAUGGGUAAUGACGAAGCUGUCACUCCUGUCUUUCCAAAUUCCGAUUACUGCACUGGCGUCUGUGGUAGCACCGCUGUUCUCCAUGCUCUUGUGCGCCGUGCCGAGUUUGGCGGGAAUCAGAGUGUUGAUGUCGCUCUCAAUUACUACUCUCAGUGGCUUAUACGCUCUGUUGGUACGUACCCUCCUGAAACAUGGACCAAAGUCCACCAACGUUACAAAUCACCCAUCUAUCGGCAUUAUCACAACAUGGGUUACACUCUACCUGCCAUGCUCAAACUUUUGAGCGAGUACAAUGCCAACACCCUGUUCGAUCCCGCCUUCUUCGAGAACCGAGCGGCAAAGAAUAUCGAGUUGACGUUCGUGCUACCAAAACCCAUCGCACAGUUCAAGGACGAAGACGUCAAGCUAGGAUACAAUGUUGGUACGCGUACGAAUGGUGUUGAUGUUCCGAGAUGGCCGGAUGACCUGAAUGUUGAACAUGUGACAGAUGAGAAUUGA